AUGGGAAAAACGAAAAUAUGGAAAACGCAAAUAUGGGAACAACGCAAAUAUCGGAAGAACACAAUUAUGGGAAAAAUGCAAUUAUGGGAAGAACGCAAAUAUGGGAAAAACGCAAAUAUGGGAAAAACGCAAAAAUAUGGGAAAAACGCAAAUAUGGGAAAAACGCAAAUAUGGGAAAAACGCAAAUAUGGCAAAGACGCAAAUAUGGCAAAGACGCAAAUAUGGGAAAGACGCAAAUAUGGCAAAGACGCAAAUAUGUCAAAGACGCAAAUAUGGCAAAAACGCAAAUAUGGCAAAGACGCAAAUAUGGCAAAGACGCAAAUAUGGCAAAGACGCAAAUAUGGGAAAGACGCAAAUAUGGGGAAAACGCAAAUAUGGGAAAAUUGCAAAUAUGGGAAAAUUGCAAAUAUGGAAAAAUUGCAAAUAUGGGAAAAUCGCAAAUAUGGGAAAAACGCAAAUAUGGGAAAAACUCAAAUAUGGAAAAAACGCAAAUAUGGGAAAAACGCAAAUAUGGGAGAAAUUAAACUUGUGGAAAAACCCAAAUAUGGGAAAAACCAAAAUAUGGCAAAAUCGCAAAUAUGGCAAAAUCGCAAAUAUGGCAAAAACGCAAAUAUGGCAAAAAUGCAAAUAUGGCAAAAACGCAAAUAUGGCAAGGAAGCAAAUAUAGCAAAAAUGCGAAUAUGGUAA